AUGUCCGUCGAGUCCGGCGCCGGCGCCGACGUCGGACGCUCGAGGUUUAAGUCCCUGCGAGGAUGGAAGGUCGAUAAGUAUCAGUUCGACGUGCGCGCGCACAGCGCGUACAACGUCUUGCCGGGAACAGCUCGACUGCGGUUGGUGUGGAGACGAGGGAGCAAGCGCGAGCACACGAGCGCGGUCAAGGUGACGCGAGGCGAGGCGACUUGGGACGAACCGCUCGCGAUGACGUGCUCGAUGUUCGUCAAUCCGAAGACUGGUAUGUAUGAGAGCAAACCCGCGAUGUUCGUCUUACAAGUGGUGGACGAAUCGGGGCGGGAGCAGAAGAAGUACGCCGAGGCGACGGUGGAUCUCCGAGAGUUUGCGUUGUGCCCGGGGAGGGAGGUGUCGCGCACGGUGCCUCUGAGACAAGGAGCGGUGACGAUGUUGACGCACUUACAGUUUUCAGUGACAGCAACGCCGUUGGAGGAGAAUGUGGUUCUGAGCGAGGUUUCGAGCACGCUGAGCGUGGCGGAUCUCGCGGAUGUAGGAGAAGCUGCUGCGACGAGCGUCGCUCUUCCGGCGAGUGUGACGCAAGUGCUCGCGACAACCGUACCCGGUCAAUACGAUGACGAGGCAUAUUUUGAUGAGCAAAUUUCUAUGAAAGAAAACGCGGCCGCGGACGGCGGCGUGGAUGAAGACUUUUCAUAUUUUGACUCUAGGCUCGCUGCGCAAGUGAUUGAUGACGAGGAAGACUUGCCGCCGCCCACGGAUGAUGAGCUUCUCUCUGGCGUGGAUGUCGAGGAAGGAAUCGUUCCGGGCGUAAAAAUGCUUCGAUUGAUCGUGGGAAAGAAGUGCAAGAUUUUUGUUCGCGGCCAAGACAACUUUGGCAACUCGCGCACGACUGGUGGCGAUAACGUCGAGGGCAUUUUAAUUGGUCCGAGUGGCCAGCGAGGACUGGUGAGCACGAAGGAUCACGGCGACGGUUCCUAUCUGCUCGAAUUUACAUGUAUGCAGCAAGGAGUAUGGACCCUUCGUACGCGAAUGAACGGGCACUUGAGUGAUGAGAGGCACAAGUUGAUCGUCACUUAUGGACCGCUUGUUGCCAGUGAUGUUCGCUUACAGCUCCCCCAGCCUCCUUUUCGGUGCGGUGGCUACACGGACAUGCAAAUCGUCGUUGAACACCCGGAAGAUGGUAGAAUUUUGACGGGUGCUGAGGCAUUCAACGUCCGUCUUGUCUCGCCUGCCGGUGUGUCUAUGGGUGUCGCGCUUGACGUCAAGGCGGGGACCACUGCUGCGGUCGCUCGCAUCAACUGGCCCGAAGUUGGCGAACAUCAGAUCGACGUGAGACUCGAUGGCGAACCUCUCAAAGGCUCACCCAUGAAAGUGAUCGUCGUACCCGAAGAGCUAUGUCUCGCAGCGUGCCAGCUGCAGGGUCCAGGAGUGCACAAGUGCACCGCUGGCUUGCGCGCUGCUUUCAUUGUUGAGGCGCACGAUAGCCGAGGUAAUCGGCUCCUCAGCGGUGGUGCUGCGCUCUCGAUCGGGGUGCGAACUUCAACCAACGAGUCAUACACGGGAGAAAUAAUCGAUUUCGGGAAUGGCACCUACGAAGUAUCCUACACUGUCCGAGUUGCUGGAUUUUACGAGAUGACACUAGAAUGCCUCGGUGAAGAACUUGUUAUCAAGGGUAUUUGCGAACCUGGCAAGGCUGUUGUUGCGGGGUGUGAGCUCAUUGGGGACGCCGGCUUAGACUUGGAAGUUGGUUCCUCAGGACGAUACAGCAUCGUUCGUCACGAUGCAUACGGUAACAGAGUUCCCACUCGCCAAGGACAGAUAAAGUUCAAAGUCGUCGCCGACGGCCCUGGGCCAGCGACGUGCUCAAUCAUCGAACGAGCGGACGGCGUGAGCGACGUUGACGUGAGUACAUCUGUAUCAGGCAGAUACUACGUUCAGGUCACAUCGCACGACCAGGAACCAAUUCCCGGAUCCCCGUUCGAAGUCGUCGCUUACCCGGGUCCGGCAUCAAGCGAAACAAGCGUCACUACUGUGUUUGGGGCUCAGCUUGCUUCUAGCGAUAGCGAUGUUCUCGUUGCCGUCGCCGGUGAAGAAGUGUCAUUAGCAGUGGCGCCUAGAGACAUAUAUGGUAACGCUACCAUCUUCUCGAAGUCGGCUACUGUUACAGCGAUAGCUACUGGAGGUGGCAUGACGAUUCCAUUUGAAGAGCGCCAAGGAGAUCGACAGGAGGUAGCGCUCUUCGCUUCAUUCCGAAUGGCAGGAUCUUAUUUGCUGUCUGCAAAGGUAGGCGACAACGUAUUAGACGGUUACCCAAGAAUUAUAACCGUCGUAUCAGCGGCCACAGAGCCGCAAAAGUGCGUGUUGUUCGGAGAGGCGUUGCAAGGUGUGAGAUGCAACCGCAUCACUACGCUCACCAUACACGCUUCAGAUAGAUUUGGCAACUUGCGAUCAACGGGUGGGGAUGUUGUCGAUGUGACUUUGAGCUCACCCGAUGGAAAAUACGUUGUAGCAGCGAAAGUUGACGAUCAUGCGGACGGCACGUACGGAGCCAAAUUCAAACUUGAGCGUCCUGGGACAUGGGAGAUUAAUCUAGUCAUUAAUGGCCGUGGCGGUCGAACCCAGGUGAACGAAGUCACUUCUUUUUUCGCUGGUGUAAAAGCAAGUGAGUGUGUGUUCUCUGGUAUGGGAUCAGACGGCGUCGAAGGGGUCUUAUGCUUCAAGCCAAGUAAGAUCGUGAUCGAACCUGCAGAUUUUGAGGCAAACGCGCGCCUGAUGAGUGGACAAGAGGCCGUUGGAGUGCGGAUCCUCACGCCAUCGGGCGGCAUUAGCUCCGUUGAUCUCAAGUUUGAAAAAGGCAAAUAUACGGGAUCUUACACGUGGACACAGCCUGGUCAACACACUGUCUCUGUUUCGCUCGAUCAAGAAGCUGUCGUUGGUUCUCCAUUCACCGUCGAAGCUAUGACGGCGCUUCCACAAAUCGCUGAAAUUGAGAACAUGUCGGAGGGCGAGGUCGCUGAACUUCUUCCAAAGCUCAGUGGUGAUGGCGCAUCUCAAGCUCUUCAGUCUGUAGCUCCGGAUAAAGCGGCCCGCAUCCUUGAAGAAAGUUCCCCGGAGGCCGUGGUUCGCAUGACGGCAAACGUAAUGGUUGGGAACGUGGCUGAAAUUCUGAGCUGCAUGCCUCCGGACCGAUCAGUUGAAACACUGAAUGCUAUGUCUGAUGAGCGCGCUAUGGAAGUGUUAGGACAUAUGCAGACGAGUGACACCAAAAAAAUAUUGGCUAGCAUGCCGAGCACGGCGAUCGCAGAGAAGGCUGAAAUGCUUUCUACCGUUCUAACGGCCAUGAAGGAAGACGAUAUGGUUGAUGCGGUGCGCGCGCUUAUCGCGGCACCUCAUUCCGAGAAAGGACUCACGGCGAUCUUCGAAAAGAUGCCCGCACGCUAUGUCGCAGAUAUCGCGGCAAAGAUUGACAAGGAGGACACCGCUAAAAUGUUAGCCGGGCUAUCAAUGGAAAGUACGGCCGCGAUUGUCGCGAAAAUGCCUGAAGAUAGACAAGCAGGCGUUAUGAGCAUGCUGGGCGGCGACUCUCUUUUCCAGAUGACGAGACAUCUUUUCCGUGCAUACAGGGUUGACAAGUCAGCCUCCGCUCAAGAGCGUCAUAAAAUGAAAGCGGACGCUGAGGAGAUGGGUCGAAGAAUCGCUAGGCCCAUUUCAUUGAAAGACAAGCUGGAUCUUGGCGAAAUUUUUAGACAAGCAACGCCGGAGCAUUUGGGUGGAUGCAUCUUCGCUCUUGUAGAGGACAGCGCCCGGUCAGUGACUUCUCAAACCAAUUCGCGUCCGGUGGCACAGAUGAAGGAAGAUGGGGAGAUUGAGUGGGGAGAUGGUUCCAAGUCGCGAGUGAGCCAGGAUGGCGCACACAUAGUUCACUCCGAUGGCACGAAAGCAACUCUCAGCGACGAUGGGGUCAUUAUUGACACAGACGGUCAAGUUCUCAGGCUUAGAGAUGAUGGUUUGAUCACGUCCGACGGGUCCAUCGUAGAUGAGAACGGCGAGAUAAUUGCCGCCCCAUCUGGUGCGCUGCACUUUUACCGAGCGCUGACGGCGGAGCAACGCGCAGACGUUAUGCGUGAGCUUUUGGCUUUCACCCCACCUGGAACAUCGGGCAAGUUAUUGAUUGAACUGACCAUGACAGAAAUUCGGGAUCUGCUCGCGCCAAUGGGAUCAGAUUACGUAGCUAAGGCUCUCGUUGAAAUCGCUCGCUCUUCUCCGUUGAUAGCAGGUCGAUCUGCCUCGGUCCUUAGUCACACUGAAGCUGCGUCUGCGAUAAGCAUUUUGGUGAAUCCGGGCUCUAGCCAACGAUGCACCGAACCUUUCAUGGGCUCUUUCCUCGAGGCACUUACGCCACAAAUUCUACGAAACGUCCAGCCGCCCACGGCCGUCGGGGGCGCCCUUGCUGAGCACCUUUCACCGACAUCGGCCGCGCAAGUCCUGCACAAAAUGGAACCAAUGGAUGUCUCGCGUAUACUUGAAGGCAUGAGUCCAGCCGAGGUUUCGGAGGUGAUCGAAGCUAGUGUCGCCAUUCAGGAACAGACUGGAAAGAAGCUGAGUGAUACGCCAUUUACGGCAGCGCUAGUACCUUACGUAUCCGCUAUGGAAAACACUCAAGCAGCGGCCCUUUUGGAGAGUUUGCCAACUGAUAUGGCUGUCGGCAUCAUGAUGUGCACCCCCGACGAGCGCGCACAUGAAAUCAUGGAACAUACGCGCAGAAGAGACUUGAAGGACCGCGUGGCGAAUAAAUCUUUGAUCCAUUUGGACGCCUGUACAAUAAGCAAUAUUCGUGGGGCGAUCGUCGGGGAGCAGUCGUCGUUCAUUCUUGAGUCCCGGGAGCGAGGUGGAAAUAAGAUUCCUUUCGGAGGUGCGGCAUUGUCCGUUUCCACGAAGCUUGCCUCCGCGCCCGGCCCUGGUGUGGAGCUCGGCGCCGUAUAUGAUAGAGGAAAUGGCGAGUAUUUGGUGCAGUUUUCGAGCACGAUGGCUGGCGAAGUGGCAGUCAUUGUCGAGAGUUCCGGACAGUCUCGCUCUUGGAAGGUCAACGUCGAGGCGUCAGAUGUCGUAGUGGGAAAGUGCACGGUUGACAAACAGGGGUUGCAAAGUUGGACAGCCGGAAGUCCCGGAAAGUUGUUGUUAGUACUCCGAGAUCGCUUCGGUAAUUUCGCUCACUCUACCAAGAGUAUCCUUGAAUUCGAAUGUCGCGCGUCCGGACCCGGCGGAGUCAUCGUUGAACGCAACAUGCUGGACAAUGGAAAAAUCGAGUUCGUCUUGAACACUACCGUAACUGGUAUCUAUAAGGUCACAGUAGUAUGUCUUGAUACGAAGGAAAACUUGUCCGGUUGUCCGUUCGACGCAAGGAUGGGCACCGAUGUUCUUUCCCAAGCGGGCUGUACGGCUAUGUUGCAGUCAGUCACCAGCUUGACGAAGGGUCCUGGUGCAAAAGCUGCUGCUCACGGCGCGUGCGCCGCCAUGGCCGGAGAAGAAGUUACCUGUAUCGUGGAAGCUCGCGAUCGUUACGGCAACUCUUCGACGUUUGCAGGUGAGAACGUUUCUGUCUCUGCGUACGGGCCGGCUCACAUGCCCGCAGACAGACCUUUCGAGAUCUCCGACGUUCGCACCGGCCGAAUCGCGCUUAAAGCGAUCUUUCCUCGAUCAGGGAGCUACACCGUAGCGGUGACUGUCGACGGGAUUCCGAUAGCGACUUCCCCUCUCAUUUUGCACGUCUUCCCUGGAACUUGUGAAACCAGUCGUGCUAUUCUGCGCGGCGACGCCCUCAACGGGAUUGUUGCAAGCAAGAUCACGUCGCUUCUGGUACAAACAGAAGACAAGUAUGGGAAUCAUUGUCAUGUUGGCGGUGAUCGCGUGAAUCUGUCCAUGUCCGGUCCGAACGGACUCAAGAUCAACGCGUUGGAUGUCAAAGAUAACGAAGAUGGGACGUAUUCGUUCUCGUUUAUCAUCCCUCAGUCUGGUCGGUGGACAAUCCAAGCCGUAGUGAAUGGACGCAUCGCAAAGGAGAGUACGACAGAAGUCAUCGUGAUGUACGGUCCGUUACAUGCAGCUGCAUGCGUCUUGAAAAGCGGGCCGGGAAUGAAGCGGACCGAGACGUGUGGCUCUCAGCGUGACAUAUAUGUUCAGGCCCUAGAGUAUGACGCAAACGGUCGCGGUAUGAGCGGUCAAGAGGCUAUCGCGAUGCACUUAAUCACGCCAAGCGGCUCCACGCAUACACUGCCCGUGGUUUUCGCCGAGAGAGGGUCGCGAUACAAAGCGUCUCUUCGAUGGUGGGAAGUUGGCCGACACGAAAUUGUCGCCGCCAUCGGUGGCGAACCUGUGGUUGGCUCGCCCUUUGUCGUAGAAGUCGAGGCGCAAGAUGUCAGCCUGCCAAUGUGCAGGCUCUCUGGUCCGGGUCUCCAAGGUGCCAUUGCUGGUGAACGUGCCACGAUUUUGAUCGAAUCCAGAGAUGAGCGUGGUAACCGCUUGUUCAAUGGUGGCGCCCAAAUGGGCAUUGCCGUCCGCUCAGGGGGUGAAACCUUGCGUGGUAAAGUGCAGGACUGCGGUGAUGGCACCUACGAAGCGAGUUAUAUUGUAGAGCGCGCGGGGCCCUUCGAGCUUUCUCUCUUCUUGGGCACGGAAGCGGCAACGUAUAGAGCACUUUGCAAGCCCGGACGUGUCGAUUAUGCAAAGUGUCGCGUCGACGGUGUAACGAACGGUGCUUGGACCGCAGGAGAGCAACUUGUGCUCACAGUGACUCGUAUGGAUCGGUUUGGGAAUAGAAUUAGUCGACGAGAGGGACUUGCACCAUUCUAUGGCAAGGCAAUCGGCCCGGGUGACGUCACGUGUCAGUCUCUAGAGCUCGGCAACGGCACGGCGGAGAUGAAGUUCUAUGGUACUACAGCUGGGCUUUACCAGAUUGGUAUCUAUGUCGCCGACACGCCUAUGAUUCCUUACGCGAAUGAAGAGUCCGCGGCACUCAUGGAAAACUCUCAACUCAUGCUCGAGGAGUCCAAAUUGGAAAGUAAGAAGUCUGAAUCCAAAGUUACAUCAGGCAAACGAGAUGAUGUUCUCGCCGGCCCUAUCAUAUCCAGUGCAAAGAGUGACGCACCUGUUGCAGCGAUUGUAGUGGAUGAGGGCCAGCAUAACGAGGCGUCACAAAACGUAGCGUUACCGAAGAUGAUGGCAGUAAACGGUAUCGAGAUGGUACCGUUGCCCAACGGAUUGUUUGAGAUGAAUCUUGCACCCACGGUCGCGAUGCCUAACUGUUGCGAUCUGGAGGUCAUCGGGGGCACUCGCGCCGAUAAUGCUUGGGUGGCUCCUGCCGGUGACGAAGUCAUAGUGCGUGUGAUCGCAAAAGACAGGUACGGCAACGCAACUCAUUGGGAAGAAGGGCAAACAAUCACCGUGGAGGCGCUCGGUCCAGAGUUUUUGAGCUUCGUUCCGCACGGUACAACAAGUCUGCAGAAUGAGUUUGUUGCGAAAAUGAUACGUGCGGGAACGUUCGAGCUUAGAGUGCUCUGCGACGCGCUUCCAGUUUGCUGGAGACCGAUUCAAAUCAUUGCAGGUUUUACGUUCGCCCCUCGAUCAAUCCUCAGCAUGGACGGUUUGAAGGAUGUGAAGACUGGAAACAUAGUACGAUUGACGCUCCGCACAGUUGAUAUGUAUGCGAAUCUUCGUUUGAGCGGCGGGGAUACGAUUCAGCUGGCGCUCCAAGGUCCAAACAAGGCGUUCGCACGUCAAGUUAGUGUCACGGAUCACCAAGAUGGCACGUAUGCUCUUGAGUUCCAAGUCACCGCUGCUGGAAAAUGGGUGCUCAACACUCGCAUCAACAGCGUAUUGCAUGUUGAGGGUGGUAUUUCGUUCAAUGUUGCAUUCGGUACACUCACAGCCGAAGAAGCCGUCGUAACUUUCGAUCCUCCGAUUCCAAGCAACGGCACUGUCGAAUGCGGGCAGGGUAACAAUCUUCUGUUACAUGGAUUGGGAUGGGAAAGAAACAAUCGCGUCAUGACUGGUUUAGAGGCAGUGAGCGUGCGCCUGACGCAUCCAUCUGGCUCGCAAGAGGCCGUGCCGGUGACGCUCGCUAAGGACAACAAAAGCUACGCAGCCAAGAUUCGCUGGCUCCAUCCUGGAUCCCAUUCACUCACGAUCAUGUUAGAUGGCAUCCCCGUGCCGGGAACGCCUAUCCGCGUCGUUGCAGAGGGUAAACGAGUCGCAUUAAUUGCAUCAGCGUUGAUCGGUGAAGGUGCGACGCGUUGCGUCGCUGGGGAAGAAGCGCGUUUCAUGCUGUACGCUCGCGACUACAGUGGAAACCAAAUUAACAAGGGCGGAGCAGAUAUAUCAGUGAGCUGUCGAGUUCCGGGUGCAGAGCCGAUCUUAGGCUCUGUCAUUGACAACGGCGAUGGUUCGUUUGAAUGCUCCUACUCCACGACCGUCGCGGGAGAUGUCGAGUUGAUUCUAUCGCUGAAUGAUGGCAGUAUCCAGACGAAGCGCGUAGUCAAUAUUAAAUGCGAGGCGGCAGAAUGUGAGAUCAAUGAGUGUCGAGUCGAUGCUGCGAAGAUGAUGCUGUUGUGGCACGCUGGUGAGGCCGGCCUCAUCCGCAUCCAGCGCCGCGAUAAGUAUGGUAACCCAACGACGAAAUACACGAUUGGUGGUCUAAAUAGAUUUGCUGCCGAAGUCGUCGGUCCUGGCUGGGCUGACUGCGAAGCUUUGGAGCUUGGCGAUGGUUCGUGCGAACUCCGUCUCGUCGCGCAGUCAUCGGGUUCUUACGAUAUCUCGAUUAUCGCGCUGGCUAUUGAUGAAGAGACUAUGACGCCGCUAGAUGUUCCAUCGGUUGAGCUCACAUCUUUCUCCGCGCUCGUCACGAGCCAAGAGACGUCACCAUCAUCAUGUGUUGCUCGUAUGACGCUCAUCAACGACGGAAGAGAGAACACACUCGCCGAUAUUGACGCUGAUAUCACGCUGCCUUCGACCAUCAUGGCUGGUGAUGCAAUCGCCAUGCAUGUUCUUGCUCGCGAUUUCCAUGGUAAUCCAACAUCGUGGUUGGGGGGAGAACGAAUCGCGGUACACGCCCGUGGGCCGGUGGAAGUUCCGUUUACCCCCACUGACGUCGUGGGAUCUUUCAAAGCGACGAUAAUGGCGGCAGGCGCCUACUCAGUUGCUGCGUUCGUCAGCGAUUGCGCAUGCAGUGGCUGGCCAAGGUUGUUACAGGUUGUUGCGGGUCCGUGCAACCCUGAUAAGUGCACAAUCAGUGGUGAUGCCCUCGGACAGUGCUCUACAGCAACCCCGAUUUCUCUUCUUCUACAAGCGAUGGACGAGUAUGGCAACCCUCGAUCGCUCGGUGGCGAUUUUAUCGAGGCGAUUCUCGUCAACUACGAUGAAGGGACCGUGGUUACGAGCGUCAUUGAUAACAGCGACGGAACGUACACGAUUUCGUUUGAACUAGAUGCCCCGAUCCAACACAACUUGUGGAUCUCUGCGAAUGGUUUGCGUGAAAAGCAAAGCCGGUACAGCUUGAUGCCCAGUCUCGGGGCAUUGAGUGCCGCGGACUGUGUCAUCAGCGGUAUUGGUGGUCAACGGCUUGUUCUUGCUGAUAAAUCAACACUGUGUGUGCAGCCCGCAAAUCCCAGCCGUGUCAUGAGCGGCAAAGAAUCUGUCGUCAUUAGUGUACGUUUACCCAGUGAAAUCAGCUUCAACUUGCCACUAAAGUUUGAACCUGAUACUCGCCAUUUUACGUGUCCUCUUCUGUGGGUUGAAGUAGGUGAUCACCACGUCACUGUCACCUUGGCAGGAGAACCAGUGCCUGGAUGCCCUUUCAUGAUUCGCGUGCGCGAUCCAGACGAAGAGUUUGAAGAAAUCGAAGGAGAGGACACGACGAACGAUAUGGCCAUGAUUCCGGCAGACAACUCUUUUGGAUUCGUUUACACGAAUGAUAAAACCACUGCGGCCGUCUCACGCGCUGCGCUGCCGGAAACGUCAGAAAACGAUCCAGGUGACGAGGAAGAAGAGGACGUCUUCACCUUCGGAACUCCCCUCAACCCUCCACCACCACAGCAGGUCGAUUCCACGGUUGCUGUGAUCCGCAAGUUGGAACUCGAGGACGCGGGCGAUGCUCUGUCAGACAUGCGACCAGAGGUAGCUGCAGCUGUUCUGCAGCGCUUGAAUCCUUCGAAAGCCGCGUGUGCUGCAGCCAUGAUGUCUCCAAGCGAACUCCGCGCGGCGGUGACGUCAAUGAAGGAGGCGAGCGUGAUCAGUAUGAUUGUGGACGCCCCACCAGCUGCGCGGGCUUCUAUCAUUGAAGCGCUUCCACCCGAAGCCGCGGCACAGUUAAUGAAUAACAUGGACCCUCGUACCGCAUCGUUGUGUGUGAGUAAACUGAUUGAAACCUCUGUCGCCGCUGCGAUCAUGGCGAAAAUGAAGCCGUCGCACGCUGUGCAAGUGUUGCAGUUUAUCAUGCCGGAUUUGCAGAAGGAACUUUUUAUGGAGUUCGACACAUUGUCUCUUUGUGCGCUGAUUACUGCUGCGUACAAUCCCGAUGCUUCACCCAGCGUGAAGAAAGCUGUGCAAGUAAACAGCGACACCAUUAGCACCGUGUUCACCACGGUACCACCUGAGAUAUGCGCAAAGAUGGUCACCAACAUGCAGCAAGAUGCCCUUGGAUGCGAGCUUGUCGCUGGGGCGAUGUCGCGUGCAGCUAAGACGCAUCCGAGAGCGGUUGAAAAUGUGAUUGCGAUGACUCAGCUGACUGCCACAGAUGGAGGUGCCGCUAUUAAGGCAGCCGUGAUGCGACAACCGGGUGGUGAUGCACUUGCCAAAAAUGCCGAGUCAAGCAUUCUCAAGGGUGAAAUCGAAGUUCCCGCUCCCGUAGUCAAAGUUAAGGUACCAAAGCACAAGUGGGGUGGCACUGGACUCAAGCCAAGCAAAACUGCCUCGGAUCGUGCCGCGCGUUCACUUUCAGGAAUGGCUCCGAAAGUAUCCGCGCAAGCUCUUGCUGAUAUGCGCCCAGGUGCUGCAGGCGCUGUUAUGGCGGCAAUGGACUCCGAGCGUGUCUCAAGUAUUAUCGCCGUAAUGGACCGUGAUGUCAUGGCGAGCUCAAUCGCAAGUAUGGAAGCCGAAGAUGCUCUUCGAGUCGUUUCAGGUGUGAGUCCUAGCGCACGAAUGAUGGUGAUAGAGGCUCUUCCCGUGAGCGCCGCUGGAUCCUUGCUGAGCAUGUUACCUGUAGAAGACGCCGCAGAUGCUUUACGCUCCAUGGAGGCAAACGCAGCCUGUGAUGCUAUUUCGGUCAUUCCAUCAAAGAACGCCGCGAGCAUGCUUCUACAGCUUCCAGAUGAUUUGACUUCCACAUACUUGCUCGCGCUACCCCCAUCCACAGUGGCGCCAAUCUUGACGCAGUUGUGUGAGAGCGAAGAGGGUAUGCAGACUGCUUCGCGAUCUCUGCAAAUGUUGAGUGAGCAAAACGUUUCGAAGACAACGGUGCAUCUUGCAGGAGUAAUUGAACGCGAUCCAAGGAGCAGCGCGAGAAUCGCUGCUGAACUCUCCCCCGAAAUCCGUGCUGAGAUGUUUGGUUUGUUCAGUGCCAAGCAUGCCGGGAAACUUCUGCAGUACUCUGGACCGAAAGCUUCUGCAGCCAUGACAAGCGCCGCGAUUUCUGCCGGCACUAGCCCUGCCGUUGCCGCGAUGGCGUUUGAGUCUCUUGCACGUCUCGGUGUUUGGCCGCCAAGCGUCGACGUUCCUCGCUCUGGUGUCAAGGUACGAGGUCCGCUUGCAGACGUUUUGUUGGAGACAUUUGAAAUCGACACCGCAAACGGAGCUAAAAUUCUCACGGCGCUCGAUCCAGAGGUUAGUGCGUCAGCCGUCGGUGCAUUGAUGCCAGCGACGGCUGGAUCCCUGGUGAGCGCCAUGCCAGAUCCGAAAGCCGCAGCUCUACUUUUAGAAUCCAUGCCACCAGCGAAACGUGCGGCUAUGAUUAUGAAAAUGCGACCGCAACCAGCCGCUGAUACAGCCUCGAACAUGCCGACGGAAUCCGUUGCCGCCGUUAUGACGACGCUGUACGCAACCAUGGACCCCGCUACGAUAUCGAUUGCGAAUGACAUCAUCGUUCUCAUGGACCCCUUCAAAGCUGGAAGCGUCGUCGCUGCUCUGGACGACAAUCACGCAGUGAGAGUUAUGUCUGGAGUCCCACCUUUGGUAGCAGCAGCGAUGGUCUCUAGCGGAGGCUUGCCGAGCGAUAAAGCUGGAACAUACCUAGAUCGAGUCAAGUUGGAUCACGCGGAGCUCGUUCUCGCUGCGUUGCCACCAAGUCUCGCUGAUGAGGCCGUGCAGAAGGUAUCGAGUAAGGAGCUCAAGACGAAGACUGCAUCGCGGACCGUCGUCCAUUUGACGUCUUCGCUAGUCUCUGGCCCAGGAUGCGAAGAGUGCGUUGCCGGCCAGGAAACAAAGUUCAUCUUUGAAAGCACAAAUCCGGGUGGCGUGCGCAUUCACAAGGGCGGCGCAUCAAUGCAGUGCGCCAUUCAUCACUUGACGUUCAGAGAUGGGAAAGGGACUUCAAAUUUGGAGUUCAAACGUGACGUUGGCGCGCCGGUGCAAGUUCAGGACAUGAUGAAUGGAACUUACGAGUUUACCUACACUGUGGACAAGGCGGGUGAGUAUGAUGCCGUAAUAACUUCCGCCGGUCAGGAGCGUGUGGUGAAAAUCAAGUGCAAGCCGGCAGCGCUUGAUCCGUCGCGAUGCGAGGUCGAGCAACCCGUCGUUGAUGCCAUCUGGAAAGCGGGUGAAGUAUUUACUUUAAAGGUGCACUGCCGGGAUCAAUACGGCAACGAUGUGGUUCCACCUAAGCAUGGUGAUGCCGGCGUUGAUGUUGCGCUACUGGCAGAUGGAGAGGGUCCAAGCGUCGUGGAGGCCGAAGUCAUCAGCGAUCCGUCAGGCACUGGCGCUCUCGUUAAAUUCCGUGCAACUGAAGUUGGUAAAUACACACUUCGCGUGUUCGCCGCUGAUGUUUCAAGACAGUGGUGGGGUGGGGUUCAGCGCGAAUGCAUUACAGGCGCGCCGCUUUCUUUGGUUUUGUCACCCACAACAGUUGACCCCGCGCGCUCAAGCGUACAGCUUAGUGGUAUUCGCGAGCGUGGUGCAAAUAUGCUGCUUGGUUUGGCCGGACGACAAAUUGCGAUCGUUGUUUUUGCUCGAGACAGAUUCAACAAUGAAGCAGAGUUCGAACAUGAAAGAGUACGUGUUGAUGCCGUGGGUGUCGCAAACAUUGUGUUCAGUGUUGCGUCCAAAGAAUCAGGACAGAUGAUGUUCACUGGCGCUCUUCAAAGAGCGGGCACGUAUUCGCUGCGAGUUCUAGUCAGUGGCAAGCCUGUUCACGGCUUCCCGCGCAACUUACAAAUUGUUGCGGCACAAACAGACCCUCGAUUCUGUACCAUUCGAGGAGAUGCUCUGAGCAAUGUCAUCGCCGGUGAGGUCACUCACCUUUUGAUAAACGCUGCGGACAGGUAUCAGAACGUGUGCCUCGAGGGAGGAGAUCGUCUCACGGCUCGUCUUUUAGGUCCAGCUGGCUCGAUCGAUGCUGAUAUUUCGGACUUUGGUGACGGAACUUACCGCAUGGCAUUCGUCGUGCCACGAGCCGGGGAGUGGAAGGUUUACUUGGCAGUUAACGGCGUCGAGAACACAAAGUCCGCCACCUCUUUUAUCGCCAAGCAAGGUGGUCUUACGGCGAAGCAACUCAUGCUCGUCCCCGCCGACAAGCGCGACGAAUAUACUGCUGGUGAUGAGUCCGAGUUCUACAUCCAGGCUAUUGACUAUGAAAGUGGUGGUUUACACGUGAAUGGUAACGAGGCAAUCUGCUUGCGAUUAAUCGCACCUUCCGGCUUAGCCACGAUCGUCUCUUUGCGAUUGAGCAAGGACAAGGCACGUUACUCGGCGCAUAUCAUUUGGCCUGAGGUCGGCGCUCACUCACUCAUUGCGGCUCUGAAUGGUGAACCGAUUGUGGGUUCUCCACUAUCAGCCGUUGUCAAACCUGCACAAGUUCACGCUUCAAGUUGUAAAAUCACCGGCGUCGGCUCGACAAGAGCUGUGGCCGGGGAGCGAGCCUCGUUCACCAUUGAAGCACGCGAUGCUCGCGGUAACCGCAUGACGAGAGGCGGUGCAAUUUUGAACGCUGUCGUACAGACGGCACUCUCGCCGAACCCAGCCAAGGCGUCAAUAUUGGAUCAAGGCGACGGGACGUACGCAUGUAGCUAUACAAUCAGCAAGGCAGGUCCUUUCAGUAUCACUCUCACUGCGCAUCAUACCAGCACCACGCUCAGUGCAGUAUGCGCCCCGGGCGCCGUGGAUCCGGCGUUCUGCCGAAUCGAUGCUGGUGAGGUAAAGAGUCUUGAAGCGGGCCAAAGUGGAAAGAUAAGAGUUGUUCGCUCUGACCGGUUUGGAAACUUGAUACCAGCUACAUCCGAACUGACACCGUUCCGCGUUGAGGUCUCUGGUGUGGGUCCCGCAGAUGUUGAAACCGUGGAAGCAGGCGAUGGAUCGGCAGAGAUUCGUUUCGAAGCGCGUGCUGUCGGUCGUUACACUGUGUACAUCUGGAGUGGGUUCAAGCGUGAGCCCGUUCUUGGAUCGCCUUGUGAAGUGUUUGUCGCGCCUAGUCAGGCCGUGGCUUCUUCUUGUAAGGCGCAACUCGACGGCGCUCAGCUUGCAGCUCAAGGGGUGUACAACGCUCAAGCUGGUUCGAUCCUUACUGUUCACAUGAAACCUCAUGACAGGUUCGGUAAUCCGUCUGCUUGGAAGUCGUGGCAGACUCUCAACGUCCACGCGAGUGGCGCGGAAGAUAUUUACUUCACGGAAAUCGACGACGAUAGCACAACCUCAGCCCGUGGUGUGUUCCGAGCCAAGUUCUCGAAAGCUGGAGCGUACGUAGUUUGGAUCACCGUUGGUGGUCAAACGAUUGUUGGAUGGCCACGAGUCGUGCAAAUCAGCGCAGGAACAACGGAUGCGAAAGUUUCGAGCCUCCGACCCGAGUCUGACACCAUGGCGCUUGCCACAGAGCUCGUGCGCCAUGGUGGAAAUGACACGUCGCUCAUCGACGCUCUUGGUCGUCAAUCCGUCGAUGUGGACAAGCUACGCGGUGAGAUGGUCGCGUUGCGAGCUAAACUGGCAUCCUACGAGCGCUCCGCGCACGACGGGCGUCAACGUGGCGUGACGCAGACAUCGGCUUCCGUUCCUGCACCGGUGACCAUCGAGGAGGUCGAAAAGGCGAACGCAAAAACCAUCAAGCUCAACGUUGGUGAAACCGACUCCGAGAAUGAGACUGUGGGACUCGAAGAUGAUGAGUUUGGAUCGGCGCACGAAGAUGAGUUUGACGAAGACGAAGACGAGUUCAAGGAUCCCGAGCAAUUCGGCGUCAAGUGA